UGCUGGAGCUCAUAUACUGUACUGCACUCAGUCAUCUGCUCUGAUCUCAGAUCUUUAACUCCAUCCCAGCAGGAACUGGAGCUUCAGCAGGGAACUGUGACUGGCUGUGUCUGGGAGAGGAGCGCAGAGCACUGGACUCUGGAUACUGUUCUUCUCUAAAGGCUCUGGUGGACAGGUAGGAUAAAGAAGGGUCCUGAUGAUGGAAGUAUUUAGAGAACAGUGCAGAAAGUGCUGAGCUAGUUAUUCUGGGGAAGAGACAGAAACUCACAUUUUGCUCUGAAUCAGUCUGUUAUUCUCUGAGCUCGAGAUGGGAGCUGGUGGUAGAACCGGCUGUGCUGCCCAGAGGAUUUACUGCCCCCUCAUCCUGCUGCUGCUCCUCUUCACCCCGCGCGUGGAUUCCUCCUGGUGGUACAUCGGUGCACUGGGUGCACGAGUUAUAUGCGACAACAUUCCCGGCCUGGUCAACAAGCAGCGGCAGUUGUGCCAGCGACACCCAGACCUUAUGCAGUCCAUCGGUGAGGGAGCCAACGAGUGGAUCCGGGAGUGCCAGCACCAGUUCCGGCACCACCGCUGGAACUGCAGCACACUGGAACGAGACCACACAGUGUUCGGCCGGGUCAUGCUUCGCAGCAGUCGCGAAGCAGCAUUUGUGUAUGCGAUCUCCUCUGCGGGAGUGGUCUACGCCAUCACCAGAGCCUGUAGCCUGGGGGAGCUGAAGAUCUGCAGCUGUGAUACCCACAAGAGAGGCCGAGCCAGUGACGAAAUGGGUGACUUUGACUGGGGCGGCUGCAGCGACAACAUCAACUACGGCAUCAAGUUCGCCAAGGCCUUUGUGGAUGCCAGGGAGAGGAUGGUAAAAGAUGCCCGAGCUCUGAUGAACCUCCACAAUAACCGCUGUGGGAGAAUGGCAGUGAAGCGUUUCAUGAAGCUUGAGUGUAAGUGCCAUGGAGUCAGUGGCUCGUGCGCUCUGAGGACGUGCUGGCUUGCCAUGUCAGACUUCCGCCGCACUGGAGACUAUCUGAGGAAGAAGUACAACACAGCAGUGGAGGUCACGAUGAACCAGGAUGGCACUGGGUUCAUGGCCGCCGAUAGGAACUUCAAAGGAACAACCAAAAAUGACCUGGUGUAUGUGGAAAGCUCACCAGACUACUGUCUUAUGGAUCGAACAGCAGGUUCUCUGGGCACUGCAGGGAGGGUGUGCAACAAAUCAUCCAGGGGAAUGGACGGCUGUGAAGUCAUGUGCUGCGGCCGAGGAUACGACACCACGCGAGUUAAACGGGUCAGCAAGUGCGAGUGCAAGUUUAAGUGGUGCUGCGCUGUGGAAUGCAGAGACUGCGAGGACACUGUGGACGUUCACACCUGCAAGCCUCAUAAGCGCCCCGAUUGGCUGGAUCUCACCUGACAGGCAUGGACGUGGUCAAUCACUUCCGAGUUUCUCAGGUUUUUCAUGUGGACCACUGCAUCACAGGGUGCGAGUCCCAGGCCUCCUGAUCCCCACCAACAGAACCUUGAACCUUGUUGGACCUCCGUGGUGAAAGAGCAGAGGUGAAGCUAAUGCCAAGUCUGGAAUCUUGCUAGUCAUUGGAUGUCAUGAGAAAGUAUGUUGUGUAUGUGGUUUGUGUCGUUGCGGUUGAAUAACCUCUGAUCAGAACUUAGAACUGCUUGCGCACUGCUUUAAAACUAUGAAAAAAAAGACUGUCCUGUUAACUUACAUAACACUAAACUUGUUGUGAGGACUUGUUUGACAAGAAUGAACUUUCGCAUUCGUUAUGCUCUUUCUUUAAACCGGACUCUGAAACGAAGAGUAAGUCUAGCUAACUGAGAUUUUAUAUUAACUUUUAUAGACAAGACACUGGAGAUGGUACAGAGCAUCAAGAACAUGUACAAAAUCAACUCACAAAAGGACUAAAGUUGGAAGUGUCCCCCAGCACUGGAGAUGGUGCUAGAGAAGAACAUACAGUACCAAUCAAAAGUUUGGACAAGUUUCCUUUCCUCAUUCAGUGUUUUUCUUUAUUUCUUUAUUUAAUUUAUUUUCUAAGUUGUAGAUUAAUAUAAAAUACAUGACAAUUGAGGGCAUGUAGUAAACAGUAAAACAAAAAAGUGUUUGGUGAUUUGGGAUGAGCUGGAGCUUCACAGCGUGAAGGAAAAGCAGCAACUAUUGUUCAGCACCUCCAGGAACUCCUUCCUUCAAGACACUGAGAAAACUAUUCCAGGUGAUUCUCCCUCAUGAAGACACUGAGAUUAAAAUAACAAGAAUGUGCAGAUCUGUCCUCAAAUCUACAAGUAAAUUCAGCUACUAAAACAUAUUCUGGUUUGUUUAACACUUUUCCUUUACAGAAUAAUUCCAUGUUUUUCCUGUAUAGCUUUAAAAACUUCAAUAUUAAUUUCACAAUUUAGAAAAUCAUAAAAAGAAAGAAAACACAUUAAAUGAGUAAAGGUGUGUCCAAACUUUGGUUGACUGGUACUGUAUAGAAAAUCAACUCAAAAUGGACUAAUGUUGGAAGUGUUUUCCAGCUGGAUUUAGACCUGAUUUGUCCAGUAGCAAUAAUAAAUCUGCAGAAGGAGCUGAUUUUUUGUACUUGAA